AGACUCCAGUAAAGGGGACACCAAGCUAACUGGGCCAGUAGAGGAAAACAAGAUGGCAGGGAAAGACGAGUCCAAGGAGGCAUCCUGGUACACCCAGUUUGUGGACAUCCCGGCAGACGUCAAAAGUGCUGGGAAUGACCAAGUGAAGGAGGUUGUAGUUGAGGUCUCGCUGAAUGGCAAGUCGCUGAAAAUAUUCACAAGGCAAGCAGAUCCACAGGGAAGUGCAACAAAUGUUGAUGUUCUGUUUCUUCAUGGACAAAGUUUCACUUCAGAAAACUGGUUGGAUAUCGGGACACUCAGCCUGGUGUCUAGUUGGGGCCAUAGAGGAGUGGCUGUUGACUUACCAGGCUAUGGAAGUACUAAAGAUGUUAUUGAUGAUGGCUCACAUGGAGCUUUCCUUGGGGCGUUAGUUAAGGCCCUGAAGAUGACCCGCCCAGUGGUGGUCAGCCCAUCAAUGAGUGGUGGCUUCUCCCUUCCCUUUCUGUUUGACCAGCCAGAGACAGCUGAAGACAGGAGUCGUGGAUACCUACCUGUUGCCCCGGUAGCCACAAGUAAAUAUACAGAAGCAUACAGUAAGAGCAAGAUUCCAACCAUGAUAGUUUAUGGUGAAAAUGAUACAAAUUUAGGAACACGUAGCCUAAAAGACCUGAUCAAACUUCCCAACAGCAAGCCAUUUGUCAUCCCUGAAGCCGGUCACGCAGCCUACAUGAACAACCCACCAUUCUUCCACAGACUGCUGUACAAUUUCCUAAAUAUUAUUGCUGCUUACAAGUGAACAUUAUUAUGAGGGAAUGUUCGUUUUUUGUUAGAGUCUGAGUUAACUAUGUGCUAUAAGGCUUGCUUCAUCAGGUAUACUUACACAGGCAUACCAACACAAGCUUACAUGCACUGGCAUAGAUACACAACCAUACUUACACAAGCUUACAUGCACUUCCAUAGAUACACAACCAUACUUACACACGUAUACCAACACAAGCUUACAUGCACUGGCAUAGAUACACAACCAUAAACGCUGACUGAUUGAUCAAUCGUUCUAGCACUAAUACUUACACAAGCAUACCAGCUCAGGCAUAUUUACACAGGCAUCCUGCACAGGCACACUUAUGAAAGGGUUAUGUACACAGGAAUACUUACAGAGGCAUACUUGAACAGGCUUACCUGCACAGGCAUAAUUACAGGUACACCGAUAUACUUAGCAGUCUUAUACUCAAGUCUUUUGCACUUCAGUUACAGAGGUUAGCAGACAUGGCAAGAGGUAUUUGUUUUUACCAUGAUGUUUGUUUUCAGGCUGGCAUGAUUGUAUAUUAGGUUUUUUGUUCACUUUUGUAAUCGGUUGAUACAAUAGAAGGUUGAGCAAGUUGUGUGUUUUGUUGAUGUGUACUGAGAAAUGUGUUUGGGCAGGAAAUCAGGAAGUCCAUAUAAUGGCUGGGUUGUAUGGAAACUACUAAUGUAUUCGGAUUUCAGACUUGUGUGUUUCUAAUGUUUUUUCUGUUAUGCUAUCACUUUAAUCACCAUUAAUUAUCACAAUUUGUCAGUUCAUAUUGUUUUAAGAUGUACAUUAUGAUACUGUUGUAUAUUUUAUUUAGUGUUUCAUAAGUUCACAUAUGUGUGCAAAUUAUGAUUUUCUUGUAGUGGGAUGUAAGAGUGCCUUGUGUUUAGUGAGUGUACUGUCCUGCAUAAUGGCUGACUUGAGGUGACUCCUUGUGCAGACCUACUGUAACAUAGGUACGUCGCCCGCAAGAUGUUUGUCUUCUCAACAGUGUGAUCUCGAUGUGCCUACAAAUUACAGUAACCAUGGUAACGUGAUCAUGGUCUUGUUAAUGUCCUUGUUAGCAAGGAUCCCCCCCCACCCCCUUGUCCUGUGCCGAUGUUUGUAUUCUGGGCUUUACAUGCAUCAUUGUGGGAUAAGAUAUUAAAAACACAUUACAUCAUUUUACAUUACAAAUUACAUGACUUAUUUCAAUUAAACAAGUUCAAAUUCUGCCAGGCACAUUUUGUAUGCUUUAGGGUAUUAUAUUCGGGGUUUUUUUUACUUUCCUCAUUAUCUCAGUGGUCUACUGGAGAUAGAGCACCUGUUAUCAUGAUUAUGAAGAAUUUUCAGUUAUCAAUUAAUGUAUAUAAUCACAA